CACAUAGUUUUUGUAGAUUUUCAUGGAGCGGGUCGUCCGCUGCCGGUACAAUUUCAACGAAACCUAAACAUGUUAUUUGAAUAUUGAAUAACAGGAGUUUGGAGUAUUUGAAGUUUUUGCAGAAAAGUACACAACCCCUUGAAUCCCAUUCAACCGUUUGAUCGAUCGAUAUAUUAUCAGGCAAAGAAGUUGGUUUAAAUGGUCACUGAGGAGCAAGAAUCAGACUUGGGAUUGGUAUCGGAAUCAAUCCCAGUUCCACAAAUGCAUAAUUCUCUACAGCAACCAUGUCAAGAAAUGCAUAAUCAAGGAAACAAUGUGAGAGGAAAACCACGUUUGAGAAAAAAAGCUCUCCAUGCGCUUAUUCUGAAACAAAUGGAAUUUUACUUCAGCGAUGCAAAUCUCAGCAAAGACAGAUUUUUGGGAACACUUAUCAAAUCUGAUCCAUAUGUGGAUUUGGAUGUGUUUCUGCGUUUCAACAAAAUUCGCAUAUUAACAGACGAUGUAAACAGAGUAGCAAAAGCCAUUAAAAACUCAACAAUUCUUUCCUUGUCGGAAGACGGGACAAAAGUAUGUCGCACAACGCCAAUAAAUCCUAGAGAAAAUUGCGAAGCUUGCACAGUUUACGUUCAGGGUUUGCCACCUGAUGCUACUCAUGAAUGGCUCACUAGCUUGUUCUCAAAAUAUGGUCCCAUCGCUUACAUAUCCAUUCCCCGAUAUAAAAACACGAGUAAAAUUAAGGGAUUCGCGUUUGUGGAAUUUGAUAAAGUAGAGGGAGCGAAUGAGUGUCUUAAGGCUUUUGAAGAGAAACACUGCACAUUGCCGUCUCACACAGCACCAAACGAGCUCCUAAGUAUCACAACUUUCACAGACGACAAUCCAUCAAGCGAAGCAACUCCAAUGGAAGAAUCAUCACUUGAGAACACGGAAGCGACCAUUUCCCAAAAACGAAAGGGUGUGAGUGAAGAUAUUUCUGAAGAGGAUGAAUCAAGUUCAAAAAAGGCUCGAAUCGACGCCUCCGAAGGGAAAUCUAACAAAGAAGAUAAGCAAAAGGAGAAAGACAGUGAAAAAUCAGACGCUGCUCAAUCUACGAGCUGCGUUUCGCAAGAUGACGAAGAAAAAGAGAAAAUUACGGAAGGGAAAGAAAGAAAGAAAAAACGAAAGAGAAAACGUCGAAGUAGAGGCGAACAGAUGGACGCGGCAGAUCUGGGCUUGCAAAUAAUGGCAAAGAGAGAUUGGAAACAACUGAGAAACAAAUAUUUACAAUUGCAAAGAAACAAGAUGAAACAAUUGAAGCAGCAUCUUCACAAAGCUCGUUGGAAUCAGUGGGGUAGUUCGAAUAGAAUCGAAGGUGAAGAAGUCGAGAAGAAAAGUACGAAGGAAAAGUCCGAAGUUUCAACUCCGAAAUUCGUUUUCACUCCAGGUGUUAUCGUUAAAAUUGAGUUAGAGGAACCGUGUUCCAAUCCGAAGAACUUUAAAUUGGAAUUGCGAAGCGACACAGCAGUCAAGUACAUCGACGUUCACGAAGGUUCGAGCGAAGCUUUCGUACGUUGCGACACUGCCGAGUCGGCCAAGACAUUUGUCGAGAAAUACAACGAAAAAAGAACUCUCUGCAUCAUUGACGGAGCUGAGGAAAAAGCCUACUGGGAUAAAAUGUCGCAGGAUCGUGAAGAGAAACUUGGUAAAAAGGAUCGUGUCAAACAACGUGGUCGUGAUAAAUUGUUGAAGAAGGCAGAAAAGGAACUUGGGAAACAUAUAAAAUUUGAUGAAGUAUGAAAUUGAGAUAAAUCGUUUGAUGAUUGUAACAGAAAGACAAACGUAAACAUGAAUUUUUGCUUCUGAAAAUUAUUCCUUGUACUUCCAAUAGAAAAAUAAUUUCAUUUAUUUUCAGUGGAA